GGGCGGGGUUUCAAGGGCGGUCUCGAGGACCGGCCCUGGCGGGGGCCGCAGCCAAUAGCGCCGCGACCCCGAGGGGCGUAGCUCUCGAGCGGGCGGGCCUUGUGCCGGUUCCGGGACGCCCGGGGGCGUGGCCGGGCCCGGACCGCGGCCGGGACCAUGUCGGCGCCGCCCGCGCUGCAGAUCCGCGAGGCGAACGCGCACCUGGCGGCCGUGCACCGGCGCGCGGCGGAGCUGGAGGCGCGGCUGGACGCGGCGGAGCGCACGGUGCGCGCCCAGGCCGAGCGCCUGGCCCGCCACGACCAGCAGCUGCGCGCCGCCCUGGAGGAACUGGGCAGCGCCAAAGACCGCGAGAUCGCCGCUCUGCGGGAGCAGCUGCUGACCGCCGAGGCCGCCGUGCACAGCCUGCAGGCCGCCGUGCGCCGGAGAGACGAGCUCAUCGGCCAGCUGCAGCCCCGGGCCGAGCUGCUGCAGGACAUCUGUCGGCGCCGGCCGCCGCUGGCCGCGCUGCUGGCCGCCCUGGCUGAGGCCGAGCGCCUGGGGCCCCUGCCGGCCGGCGGCCCUGCUGGGCCCGGCCCGCCCCUUGCCAACAGCGCCGGGGAGGAGCCGGCCGGCGGGCACCUGCAGCCUGCGGCGUUAGGGACCACGGUGUGAGCUCCGGGCGGGCGCAGGUUCCGGAGCGCGGGGAGGAGCCCAGGCGCGCGCCAGGGCCGACGGCUGACAGGCGGCUUCCAAGCGGGGCGCAGGGGCUCACCGCCAGGUUUGAUCUUACCUCUUCAUCCCAGACCGGAACUGGGAGCCUCAAAGCUCUGCCGUUUGACUGGUUCCUUUUCCUCCCGUCUCCAACCCCGACGGAAGAGCGGGCAGCCACGCGUUACCUCUCCCCGCUGGUGCCGGCCCCAGGGCUUUUGCACGGGGCCUUGUCCCUGAAGCCUCGCUGGCUGCUGCCUUCUCCCGCGCCUCACCUGGAGCCCGUUGCACUCCCCGCUGCAUUCCCUGUGGGCCUCUUUCAGGGUCGGAGCGUGAGCUCCACAUGGACAGUUUUUGUCUCGUCCUGCUCGUCACCAGUGCCUGUCACAGCCCGGGAACCCGGGCAGGCCCGGGGGUGGGGGUCCCUGGAGGGAGCCAGAGCCCCCCAGGACAUCCCACGAGGCGCCCUGGGCCAGCCUAGCGUUGCAGCCAGCACCCAGCCCCCUCGGGUAUCCCCUGGAGAGUCUAUUUUUUCAUUCCUGUUUCUACAACCGUCCCUCCUGGCCUUGCUCUGUGUCCCCCUGGGGGAAGGCCUUGUCACUCAGGGAGAAGUCACACCAGGAACUGCCCCAGGGAAGGGCAGUGGCCACCCCCGGCCUCGCGCCUGGCAUCCGGCAGCCAACCCUCAGUGCAGGAACAAUGGCCCGUUCUCCCCUCGUGAUGAAUGCGGCGGGGGCUGUGCGUGCGAAGGCCAGGCCGGCUGGCGCCUGUCCGUGCUCAGAAAUAAACCGAUGCCUUCUCA